UUCGUUUUUAAUUGCUCUUGUGCCUUCCUGUGGUUGUCGCCAUUUCAAAGAAUGGAAAUUGUGGUGAGGGUUCUUCCAGCCAGACUGAUCUGCCUUCUGAACAUACUCUGCUCUUAUCAAGAUGCACGACAACGGUUCAUUGCCAAACUGCAUGGAUCCCCCGACAGAUUUCCACACCUCCCUCUAUGCAGCCACUUACACUAUUAUCUUUGUUCCUGGACUCCUAGCCAAUGGUCUCGCCCUCUGGGUUUUGUGUCGCUUCGUCAGUAAGAAAAGCAAAGCCGUCAUUUUCAUGAUCAACUUGGCGGCUGCUGACUUAGCCCAUGUUUUCUCUUUGCCUUUGCGCAUGUACUACUACCUCAACCACAGGUGGCCUUUCGGGAGCUUCCUCUGCCAGGUGUGCUUCUACCUCAAGUAUCUCAACAUGUACGCAAGCAUCUUCUUCCUUACCUGCAUCAGCAUCCAGCGGUAUCUCUUCCUGCUUCAUCCUUUCAAAGCCAAGAACUGGAAACGCAGGUACGACAUCGCCAUCAGCGCUGCCGUAUGGACAGGGGUUGGGGCUGCUUGCUUGCCCCUCCCAAUCCUGAGGAGUUCUGACUUGUCCAAUGACACCAGCACCUGUUUUGCGGACCUCGGGAUGAAGCAGGUGGCGAUGGGAGCCUCGAUCACCUUGGUGGUAGUCGCUGAAUUUGCCGGGUUUGUGGUCCCCCUUACACUCAUCCUUUACUGCACAUGGAAAAUGAGACAAUCUCUGCAGGAAAACGAGACAAUCCACACCCCUUUGCAACCCACCAGUGAGAAACGGAAAGCUUUGCGCAUGAUCUUAGCAUGUGCAGCUGUGUUCUUUGUCUGCUUCACGCCCUAUCACGUGAACUUCCCCAUAUUUAUGAUGGUGAAACGGGAAGCCAUCCUGGACUGCGCCGUGCGGCACAGAGCGUUAUACUUUCACCCCAUUUCUUUGUGCUUAGCAAGUCUCAAUUGCUGUCUGGAUCCGAUUCUUUACUACUUCACGACAUCAGAGUUUCAGGAAAGGCUACUUUGUUGUAACAACGCCUCCAUCUUGAAUCGUAUUACAAACCACUACAGCAACAGCACAACUUCUUCGACUGGGGAGAAGAAUGAAGAGGGUGAGAAGAAUAAAAGCAUUUUAAUGGCCUAUUUUUGGACUCCGCGGCCACAGAGGUUUGAAAGAGACAGCAUGGAGUCUCCUCUGUCUAGUUAACCAAGGGCUGACUCACACAUGCAUCUUUUAAUUGCUCUCACUUGUCAACUCAGUGUGUGAACAUCGAAAAUUACAGCGAUGUGGAAGUUCCUAGUCUGUGAUCGCUCGCACAACUCAUCAUUUAAUGCUACAUCAGCGAGAGAUGCACAUGAACAUGUGAGCCAGCCUUAAGGAUAUGUUCAGAAACUAGUGCACAUCUUUCAUCCUCUGUGGUUGAUUACCUGGGCUGUGUGCAGCUGUUUGUUUAAAAGGGCAUCCUUUCUACCAUGGGUGCUUUCAUCACCUGGAUGUUUUAACACAGUGUUGCAGUGCUGUUUUCUGCCACUAGAUGUUGCUGUUGGGUAGUUUGCUGUCUUUAUGUGUAGGAGGACUUCAGCCGUGACCUCAUAUACCCAAAGGAAAGCAGAAAGAGCUAAUGGCAGAACAUGGGAUUACAAAGUGCUGGUCUUCAUGCAACAAAGAGUCAUCUGUAGUGCAAAACAGAUGUCCCUUCCAUUGUUAUGGAUAGCUGUGUAGGACAAACCUUUUCAGUUUUGUAAGAUGCAGGCUUGCUCAAUGUCAAAAAACCCAGACUAAUUUCAAGGCUUGUGUCAGCAGGAGGCAUGGCUCGACUCCUGCUAAGUGCCUAAUAAAAUUCCUACUGCUGGAUGGAAACACUGGAGCAAUCUAGUGUUUGGCAGCAGCAGGAAAAGCCAGGUAACAUCAGAGCCAUGGACUGUGCUGCUUCGUCUUUGCAGCCCACCCAACCAGGAAGCAAAGAGGGCUCUGGUCCCAUGCCCUGGUGGGAGGAGUAUUAGAGGGAGUGAAGCCUUACCCCCUUGGCAUUCCUUUCAAACUUGCUGACCCCAAUAGGGCUAAAAGCAAUGGGGGGGGGCAGAAAGAAGGGCUGUGAUUGGAGGGGAGAAGAGAAGGAAACUGCAGUGGAGAGGCACAUGAAGGGCCCAAAAAUCUGCAACUGAUUCUGACCACCCCAAACUGUGGAAGCAACCUUUUUUAACCUGUGAGAUUUUUUUGUACAAACUGACACAUACAAAGGAGUUUGGGGUAGUGAUUAAUAGCAGUGGGACUCUCAUCUGGAGAACUGAAUUUGAUUCCCCUUUCCUCCACUUGAAGCCAGCUGGGUGACCUUGGGUCAGUCACAGCUCUCUCAGAGCUCUCUCAGCCCCACCCACCUCACAGGGUGAUUGUAGUAGGGAUAAUGACUUACUUUGUAAACCUCUCUGAGUGGGCUUUAAGUUGUCCUGAAGGGCGUUAUAUAAAUUGAAUGU